CUAAGAAGAAGAACGAUAAAGCACCUAGACAGAAAAUGGCUGCCACGCUGUGUGGUUUUGAUAUCUCUGUUUUCUAAGCUUUGUUUGUGUUGUCCUGUAUUGCGUUAUAUACUGUUCUCCUUGAAGAAUAGACAUAAUGUUCAAAAAGGCGAAAAGAGCAAACUUGCGGCGGAGGAAUGACUCCGACGAGGAUGAGCCGGAGGAAAGCAAGCCGCUGUCUCUGGCGCCCACAUCAUUCGGGCCUGUGGUGGAAAUCCCGUUCAUAGAGACUAGCCCACCACCGAGCAGCGAGGAGAAAAGUUACAGUAACGGCUUUCUGGCAAACCUAAACAACGUAAGACCCGUGAAGAAGGAAAAGAAGAGCAAAGAGGUUGCAGCGGUAGCUCCUCCCACUAAGGCCAGUUUGCUCAGUUUCGACGAUGAAGAAGAGGGAUCCGAGGUGUUCCGAGUGAAGAAGCCCAACCACAGCAAGAAGAUCGUCAAGCAGCUGAAGAAGGAAUACAAGGAGGAUUUGGAGAAAUCUGGAAAUGUCCAUCAGGAAACCAAGUCAGAUGCUCAACCUCAGGCUGUGUUCACCGUGAAAGAGGAGGUUAUCAGCAGAGCGAGCAGUGAACAAGGGGAGGAGGAGAUGGAGGUGGAGAGUGCAGAUGAAAAGGACGAGGAAGCAAAAGCCCAAGGCGGUCAACUGUCCAAGGGCAGGAACAUAGGGGCAUCAUUCAACACACUGUCCUCUCUCACCACCCUGAAGCCAGGAGAGAUUCCCGAUGCAGCGUUCAUCCACGCUGCCAGGAAGCGCCGGCAGCUAGCAAGAGAGCUCGGUGGGGAAGCCCCUCUGAUGGAGGCUGAGCCAUCCAAGAACCGUCUGACACGAGAAGACAGAGAUGGCAGCGAUGAUGAAGAUGAGGACGAGAAGAGGAUCCGCUUUAGUGGAGUCAAGAACAAAAGUCAGAGGCAGAAGAUAGCUGAGGAGAUAGGUAUUGAGGGUAGCGACGAUGAAGCACUGGAUACAGGUCAUGAUGAGGAAGUGAGCCGCUGGGAGCAGGAACAGAUUAGAAAAGGAAUCAGCAUACCUCAGGUUCAAAGCAGUCAGCCAGAGGACAGCACAGUCUACUACCAGAACAGCUAUGAGACUCAGCCCUACAGCUCUUCCUAUAGUAUGCCUUUCACCUACAGUACAGUGGAUCCACAGCCAGGGAAGAUAUCUGGCUUGUGUGACAACAGCUCUGUUCACUAUGGGGCCCCAAUUUGUGAUCUAACCCCGGUAUCCAUUGAUCUGGUAAAGAAACGCCUGCGGGAUAGGCUUGUCCAAAUGCAUGCAGGACUCAACGCGAAUAUGAAACGCUACGAACAGAUCAGAGAAGAUCUAGCAGCCUCUGAGAGCAGCAUCCAGCAGCUUGAGGGCUCCUCCAAUGAUAAUGCAGAUCGAUAUAAAUUCUUGCAAGAGAUGCGAGGGUAUGUUGGAGACUUGCUUGAGUGUUUCAGUGAAAAGGUGCCUGCUGUCCUGGAGCUGGAGGCUGCCAUGCACCAGUUACUAAGGCAACGGGCCGCACGGCUUGUCCAGAGAAGACAGGAUGAUAUUAAAGAUGAAUCGUCGGAGUUUGCAAGCCUUUCAAAUAAAGCGGUCAUGGCGCCCAGUCUGGACUCUUUUGGUCGAGACCGUGCCACAUACCAAGAGCACAGUCGGCAGAGGAGGAUAGCUGAACGCGAAGCACGAAGAACUCGACGGCGACAAGCAAGAGAGCAGAAUGGGAAAAGGGCUGAGCAUAAAGAAGGUCUGUCGUCUGAUGAUGAGGAAACCUCUACAGACAUCACCAGUUUCAACAUGGAGAAAGAUCGUAUCAGAGCGGAAAGUAAAAAGGCAUUUGAGGAUGUGGUGGAGGACUUUCAUUCCCUUGACUGCAUCAAAUCCCGUUUUGAGGUGUGGAGAAAGGAAUAUCCGGACUGCUACCGAGACGCUUACAUCAGCCUCUGUUUACCCAAGGUCUUUAACCCUUUAGUUCGUCUGCAGCUAAUCACGUGGAACCCUCUAGAGGAGCCAUGUGGAAACUUUGAGUACAUGCUGUGGUUUGAGUCGCUUCUGUUUUAUGGAUUCGAGGAGCACAGAAUGCUUCAAAAAGAAGACGGGGAUAUUGGUUUGCUGCCUGCUAUUGUAGAGAAGGUUCUUCUGUCCAAACUGUCAGUGCUGGCAGAGCAAGUGUGGGACCCACUGUCCAGCAGUCAGACAGCUAGGCUGGUGAGCUUCAUCCGCAGACUCGCUGAAGGUUAUCCAACUGUGCUGCAUGGAGACAACCAGUACACACAGGUGCUUUUGAAAACAAUAGUCUUACGGACCAGACGAACUCUGGAUGAGGAUGUCUUCCUUCCACUUUACCCGAAAAAUGUGAUGGAGAACAAGAACAGCGGUGCCUACUUGUUCUACCAACGACAGUUCUGGUCCUGCAUAAAGCUGCUGGGCAACAUCGUUCAGUGGGAUGGCAUCUUAUCCUACUCCUGUCUGAGGGAUCUGGCUUUGGACAGCACUGUUAACAGAUACAUCCUCUCUGCGCUACAGAGCACCGAUAUAGGAGAGGAGAAUGUGCUGAAGUGCCAGAAGGUGGUGGAGUGUCUGCCGGCACAUUGGUUCUCUGGGCUGAAAGGCCAGCAGACCUUGCCUCAGUUGGAGCCUCUGUGUCGCUACCUCACACACCUGGCUAACACACUCCACCGCAGCAGCGUUGGGGGGUCCGAUGUCGAGCGCCGCACCGCUAAGGAGCAAAUAAGAGAAGUGGUGAAGAUGUUGGGACGCAUGAAUGCUCUGGACCACAUCAUCGCCAUUGCAGAAGAGCAUGGCGUCAAAGACAUCAAGCAGCUAAUGGAAGUGAAAUAAUGGAAAACGACCAGAGACUAUUUUACCUCUACCUUUGUUCCGUUCUGCACAUUUGAAGCCAGUGAAGGAGGAAUCUUGGAAAACGUGCAUUUUCAUCCAUGAAUUAAAACUCAGCACUUGUUACAGUCACAAGAUUAGAGGACUCUUGUAAAUAUUGUGAAUAAUGUAUAGUAUAGUGUUCUCGAACGCCUAUGUGCACAAAACUGAAAUAAAAUCCAGUGUUGCUUAACUUAGAAAGUACACAUUGGGGAAAAAAAAUUAUUAGGAGUAAAAAUGUGUCAUCUUGAUUACAUUUUUGAAAAUAUUCUAUGUGAACUCUUAACCCCACCAAUUAGGCUUUUGACUGCUAACAUUUGUCAUUUGUUCUGAUUGUUAAAAGGUAGAAGUUACUCAAAUUCAGCAACUUCUUGUUUUUUACCCCAGCCUAAACCAUAAGUAGCUCCAUCACAUCCAAAAUGCUCUGAAAGCUUGUAAGCUAUGUUUUAAUUGUUUUUGCCUGUGAAUAAAACAUACAUUGUAA